AUGCCAGGUCUAAUCCCCGAUCUUGUUUUUGCGAGUCCCGUCGUGCGUGAUGUCCGACGCCCUCCGCCUCCGCUGGUGUCCCCCCUCCGGUGGCCGAGGACAAGGCCGCCUUUAUUCUUGUUCCAGCUGCAGCGCUCCGGGCGCUCCGCGUCUGGCCAGUGGCCACCGCCCUUUGCUCGCGCUCGCGAUCACGCUCUGCGCCCCGUGGACGACCCGGUCCAGCGCCAGCGCCCAGCUGCACCGUCCCAGCGGACAUCUGGGUUCUGGCUUCGCGCUUCCCAGACGUCCGUCGUCUGUACAGUUACUUAUGUAUAUCUUCUAAAAGACCUCGAGGGCCUCAUCUCCGCUCGUCAUGACGGAAGGCGGACGCGCUGGAGCAUUCCGCGGGCCCGUCGGCGUCUGCCGCGAACUCUGGCAUCUGCGCUGCUCGUGGCGCGCGACCGUCAAGGCUCGAGUCUCGAGGUCUGUCACGACGGCUGCGAGAAAGCCAAAACUCGAGCCACGGCUGCGAUUUCGGCUGUUAUUACCAAAGCCGAGGCCAAGCCGCCCAAGCCAUCCAUGAGCCGCCUUUUUCAAUUGGCGCUGGCCGCACAACAAAUAUUCAUGCUUUGUAGUGGAACAGAGCAACAGGAGGAUGAUAGGACUGCAUUUUAUAUGUGCCCACGAUGCACAGAAUGUUUUAAGAUUGUCAGGAGGACGAUUGGACAAAGUCGACCAAACACCCAUAUUGCAGGCAAAACUCGAGUCGAGUCUCAGAUCUCAGAUCUCAGAUCUGACGUCGAGUCCGAUCAAGCGGGGUGCUUGAUAACUACAACUCAAUGUCACCUGACUGUUCAACUCCCCUCCGCCUCCGACCUCGACCUCGACCUUGAUGCCGUCCUUCACGGUUCACCGGCCGCAUCCACAUUGUACGAGGACUUCCAUCCGGAAGUCCUCAGUAUGGAAAUUCGGGUAUGGAGGCCGCGGCGAUGUACCGCGGCCCUUGUUAUGGUGAGUCCCCUCCUGCACUCCCUCCUGCUUCACCCAUCCACGCUGCCCCCGCCCUCGACCCUCUCAUUCGCGUCGCCUUCCUUCGCGCGCGUCGUUCGCCUGUGCGUAUCCCACCUCCUGCGCGUUGCUCACCUGCGUGUCGCCCACCUACGCCUGCGUGUCGCCCACCUGCGCCUGCACGUCGCCCACCUGCGCGCUGCCCGCAUCCUCCCUCCUUCGCCUCCGCGUCGUCCGCCUCUGCACACCUCUGCGUUACCCUCCAUCUGUAUCGCCUACCUUCGCGUCGCCCGCCUUCGCCUCACCCACCAUCUUUCUGGGUCCUCUCGCGAGCCCUCCCUGUUGCCGUCCUCCGCAUCCGCAUCCCCGGCCUCUGGGUCCCCCGCGUUUACGUUGCCCACAUGCCCUCCUCCUCCUCUGGGUCCUCCAUCUCGUGUCGCCCACCUCUGCCUCCGCGUCGCCCUCCUCCGCCACGUUGCGGCCCUCGGCAUCACACUCCGCCUCCUCCACCUCGUCGCGGCCCUCCGGAGUAUGUGCCGCCCUCUACCUCGCCCUCCUCUGCUCUGGCGCACGUCCUGCUCUGCGCGCACAUCCAACUCGCGCGGGCUCGGCACGGCGUCCUCUCCUCACCCUCUGCCUCCACCCCGCUCUCCUUCGUCUUGCCCUCCUCCGCUCUUGCGCGCGUCCCGCUCAUUUGCGCGAGCACAUGCUACCCGCGCGGGCGGAGCACCGCGUCCCACUGCCCCGCUGCCCCAUCCCGGCCCUCUGCCUCGCCCCCUCUAUGUCGCCCUCCUCCGAUCUUGUGCGCGCUGGUAG